UUGUAUUUAGCCAGAACAAAAACGGUGGAAGAAACAAGUCCAAGCUCAGGAUGGGGCUCAGAUAUUAAGACGAAUUUUAAGAGUAUAUUUUAAAAAGGUUAGGUGUGACGGGACAAUAUGCUUGGAAGUGUGACACCGCGGAGAAAUAUCAGCCACACCCCGUAGAAUAGCUAAUGUUAACAUUAGCUUGCAAGCUAUCAAAGCUAAGCUAGCCAAUUAGCUAAGGCUAGUGACCCAGUAACGUAAGAGGGACAGCUAGUGAGUUUGAAGUUUCUGUUUGAGCUAGCUAAACUAGUCGUAUAAUAGCUAAACAUUUAAUUUAUUUCACUGCUGCUGUGAAAUCAAGAGGGACUUUGGUGAAAAUGGGCCAAACGUCGUGCUGAUUGUCUGCUGAGAGGAGACCCGGGCUAUGAGGAUAGAGGCUCGCUAGCUUGGCUGCUAACAGUUGUUUUUCGUUCCAGAGCGGAACCAGAAUAAGUCGCGGCCCUGGCCAUGCCCUCGAGUGCACGGGCGGGCAAUCUCAAGGACCCCGAGGUGGCAGAUCUCUUCUGCAAAGAUGAUCCGGAGAAGCUGUUCGCCGACCUCCGUGAGAUCGGCCACGGCAGCUUUGGAGCUGUUUACUUUGCCCGAGAUGUGCGCAACAAUGAGGUGGUGGCCAUCAAGAAAAUGUCCUACAGCGGCAAGCAGACGAAUGAGAAAUGGCAGGACAUCAUUAAAGAGGUGAAGUUCCUGCAGAAGCUUCGUCACCCCAACACCAUCGAGUACCGGGGAUGUUACCUGAAAGAGCACACAGCAUGGCUGGUGAUGGAGUACUGCCUCGGCUCGGCCUCAGACCUCCUCGAGGUUCACAAAAAGCCACUCCAGGAAAUUGAAAUAGCUGCUAUUACCCAUGGUGCACUGCAGGGAUUAGCAUAUCUUCAUUCUCACAACAUGAUUCACAGGGACGUGAAAGCGGGAAACAUCCUGCUGACGGAGCCGGGUCAGGUCAAAUUGGGGGACUUUGGUUCUGCUUCGAUCGUGGCUCCGGCCAACUCCUUCGUCGGGACUCCGUAUUGGAUGGCCCCAGAGGUGAUCUUGGCCAUGGAUGAGGGUCAGUACGACGGCAAGGUGGACGUCUGGUCGCUGGGCAUCACCUGCAUAGAGCUGGCCGAGAGGAAGCCCCCACUGUUCAAUAUGAAUGCUAUGAGUGCCUUAUAUCACAUCGCUCAGAAUGAAAGCCCCAUCCUUCAGUCCAAUCACUGGUCUGAUUCCUUCCGCAACUUCGUUGACUCUUGCCUCCAGAAGAUUCCCCAGGACCGGCCUACCUCGGACGUGCAGCUCAAUCAUCGCUUCUUGUGCCGUGAGCGUCCGCUGACGGUGAUCAUGGACCUGAUCGCACGAACCAAGGAUGCAGUGCGGGAGCUGGACAACCUGCAGUACCGCAAGAUGAAGAAGAUCCUCUUUCAGGAGACCCAGCAGAACGGCCCUGUGUCGGAAGGAGGGGAGGAUGAGGAGGAGGUGGAGCAGUACCUGCUGCGGACAGGCACAGUCAACAGCAUGGAGAGCUCCCAGUCCGUGCCCAGUAUGUCCAUCUCGGCCAGUUCUCAGAGCAGCUCGGUCAACAGUCUGGCAGACGCCUCCGAUGACAGCAGCAGCGAGAUGGCCAUGAUGCAGGAGGGCGAGCACACGGUCACCUCCAACAGCUCCAUCAUCCACCGGCCCACGGGCCAGGACAACAUCUAUGAUGACCCUUACCAGCCAGAGAUGGACCAACCCCAGGCUCCCUCAGCUGGACGCCGCCGAGCUUACUAUCGCAACCGUGACCACUUCGCUACCAUCCGAACCGCCUCCUUGGUCACCCGUCAGAUUCAGGAACACGAGCAGGGCUCGGCGCUGCGGGAGCAGAUGUCCGGGUACAAACGCAUGAGGCGGCAGCACCAGAAGCAGCUGAUGGGGCUGGAGAACAAGCUGAAGGCGGAGAUGGACGAGCACCAACUGAAGCUGGACAAAGAGCUGGAAAACCAGAGGAACAGUUUCUCCACUGAAGCCGACAAGCUGGUCAAGAAGCAUCAGGCCAUCCUGGAGAAAGAGACGAAAGCGGCUCUAGCAGAAGAGAAGAAGUUCCAGCAGCACAUACUGGGCCAGCAGAAGAAAGAACUGACCAGUUUACUGGAGUCACAGAAACGCCAGUAUCGCCAGCGCAAGGAGCAGCUCAAAGAGGAGCUGAAUGAGAACCAGUCGACCCCGAAGCGGGAGAAGCAGGAGUGGUUGAUCCGUCAGAAAGAGUGUCUGCAGCAGAUGCAGGCGGAGGAGGAGGCCAGCCUGCUGAGGAGGCAGAGGCAGUACUACGAGCUGCAGUGUCGCCAGUACAAGAGGAAGAUGCUGCUGGCGCGCCACAACCUGGAGCAGGACCUGCUGAGAGAGGACCUGAACAAGAAGCAGACCCAGAAGGACCUGGAGUGUGCCAUGUUGCUGCGGCACCACGAGUCCACUCAGGAGCUGGAGUUCAGGCAGCUGAGCUCGGUGCAGCGAACUCGGGCCGAGCUGAUCCGAACGCAGCAUCAGACUGAACUGACCAAUCAGAUGGAGUACAACAAGCGUCGUGAACAAGAACUUCGACAGAAACACGCCAUGGAGGUCCGGCAGCAGCCUAAGAGCCUCAAGUCCAAAGAGCUGCAGAUCAAGCGUCAGUUCCAGGAGACCUGUAAGAUUCAGACCCGGCAGUACAAAGCCCUGAGGAACCACCUGCUGGAGAGCACUCCCAAAUCCGACCACAAGGCCGUCCUCAAACGCCUCAAAGAGGAACAAACACGUAAGCUGGCCAUCCUGGCCGAGCAGUACGACCACUCCGUCAACGACAUGCUGUCCACACAGGCUGUGAGUAAGCUGCGGCUCGACGAGACCCAGGAGGCCGAGUACCAGGUGCUGCGGAUGCAGCUGCAGCAGGAGCUGGAGCUGCUGAACGCCUACCAGAGCAAGAUCAAGAUCCACACCGACACCCAGCACGAGCGGGAGGUGAAGGACCUGGAGCAGAGGGUGUCCAUCCGCCGGGCGCUGCUGGAGCAAAGGAUCGAGGAGGAGAUGCUCUCCCUGCAGAACGAGCGCUCGGAGCGGAUCCGGACUUUGCUCGAGCGCCAGGCUCACGAGAUCGAGGCCUUCGACUCGGAGAGCAUGCGUCUCGGCUUCAGCAACAUGGCGCUGACCGGCAUCCCGGCCGAGGCCUUCAACCAGGGCUACCCGACCCCCAGCCCCUCCUCGGGCUCCGGCGGCUGGCCGUCCCGGCCCGUCCCCCGCUCCGGCAGCCACUGGAGCCACAGCGUCCAGAACUCGGUGUCCACUCCGUCCUGGCGCAGCCAGAACCACGGCGGAGGAGGCUUCAGCCGCGCCGAGUCCAUCACCUCGUCCCACGGCCUCGGCAGGGACGGCGAGCUGCACAAGAGCGGCAGGGGCCACCCCUCCGCCUCCUCCUCCUCCUCCUCCUCCCACCAUCACCAGCAGCACUACCUCCCCCAGCACUACCAACACCACCAGAGCACGCCGCAGCUGUACCGCGACAGCCACGAGCGCGACAGCAGGGAGCGCGAGCGGGCCAGGGAGUGGGUGGGAGGAGGGGGCCACUACUCCCAGGGCCACCACCACCACCAUCACCACCACCACCUCUCUUCCCACGCCUCCUCCCAGUCCUUGGCUCUCCUGCCUCCCCCACCGCCACCUCCCCCCAUCUCCCUCUCCUCCUCCCCUCCCUCCUCCGCCUCUUCUUCUUCAUCGUCACAGGGAGGCUACGGGGGCGGGGGCCUGAGCGUCAGGGGCCCCGGCCUGAUGGCCCUCAGGAACAGCCCCCAGCCUCUGAGGAGGACGGCCUCCGGGGGGCCGGGCGGCGGGGGGAGCGACGGAGGGCUGAGCCGGAGCACGUCGGUCACUUCUCACAUCUCCAACGGCUCUCACCUCUCCUACUCGUGAAAGCGCCCGACUUCUCCUCUCUGUGCCCCCCCCCGCGAGCGUCGUUCUGCUUCUGUGAAGAAACCCAGCGAGGCCGCGAGGGGUUCCACCCGAGCACAGAGAACAGAAGUAGAACCGCCCAGGAGACAGAGAGGGAGGGUGUGAAAGGCUUCGCAGAGUGAAGUGAUCAUUGAAAAAAAAAAAAAAAACCUAACAAACCCCCGUUUUAAAAGUGUAAAUUUUAACGUCUCCUUUCAGGAGCGCUCAGAGACUUUAAACGGUCCCUGACGCACAAACAGAAAGAGAGGAAGCCUUUAUAGAGUCCCGCCGAGCAGCAGGCCCAGAGGAUCGCUGCCGGCCUCCUCCACACGUUAGCUACAGAGAGGUCCGAGGACGCGUCCGCGAGUGAAAACGAGCCGCGUGCUGCAGAAUGAACACGUCCAACACGCCAAGAUCUCCUUUCUCUUCUUUUUUAAACAAAGCAGGAAGUCCACACGUUCAUUUUGUACCACACUGAAUCCACUGCACAGUGUUGACUUUGUGGGAGACGGUUCAGCUGCGGCUGGACCGGUUUGAGAUUCAGGUUUGAGCCGAGACCUUCGGGCGUUCGGGUUUAAAGUUGAGCCGGCGAGCGAGUUCAGUCGAUGUUUAUUCAGUUUGUCUGGAGCGGCGAGCGGCGGUUGUGGAGCUUCCACUUGGCCUGCGGUGCUUUAAAAACCACUGUAACUAUGUAAAUAACAGGAAAUUGUAAACCCAGUUUUUUGAUUUGUAAGUGUUUCAUACGUUCAGCAGGGGGGGGGCAACCAAGGGAAGAUUUCUUGAAGCCACAUUUCUUUAAUUUGUAGUGAUAAGACUGUAUAUGACGAUUAAACAAACACUGCCGUCUCCGUGCUGGGCUGACCCGGGACGACUCUACCACUGCCCUUUAAGUCUGACGUGUCGAGCCGUUCGAUCCGUUUGAUCUGUGGCCGUUCAGAACAGAAGCUGCUGAGCUUCAGCAGGAGGAAGCCUCCCCAUUACAGAACGAGCUGUUACAGCUUCGUACUGGGACAGACUCGUCGUCAUGGCUGCAGUGACUGAAGUCCUGUCCUCUGGAGUAAAGGCUGAAGUGAGCGAUAGAAUCCUCCAUCAAACUGUGAGUUUAUGUCUGGUAUUUAUUUCUCCAGCAGGUUUGGUUACGUGUGCACUCUGCUGCUGUAGCUGCUGGUUAGCUGGUUAUUCUGACUAUAAACCUGCUAAAGAUCAGGCUCACUAAACCCACAUAUGUUGUAUAAAUAUAACAAAACACACAGUCCUGGGUGGGAAUCGCUGACCGAACACACCCAGAGAUUGGCAGCGAACAGAGAGUGUGUGUCCAGAUUUAUGAUGGUAGACUCGUUAAUGUGGACUCUCAGUACGUCUGACGGGGUUUGUGAAGUUUCUCCCUCCUGCUUCCAGUUUUUGUUCUGAACACACAGCUCAGACUGCAGCGACGUCACCUGACCGCAGGUAGAACGGCAGAGACAGAUGUCGGAGUGCUCCUUUAAAGGGACGCUGCCGCAGAGUGAUUCGGAGUGAGCCGAGCACUGAAUCUGUACGAUCUGUGCUCAGAGAGUGUGUGUGCGCGUUAGUGAGACUGUGUGUGUGCAUGCGUGCGUGCAGCUUACCUCCACCUGUCUCUCCACACUUCGGUCUGCAUCUGUAGAUAAGAUGUACAUGCUACAUUACAAAUUAGUACAAUUCAGUGCAUGGAACUUGUGUACAGGCGGCGUUUGUAUGGCUAACAUGCACACUACCUAUUUAUAUAAAUGCAUAUAAAUGUAAGAUACCUGUGGAAAUGCUGCAGGUAUACUGAAGAUUGUUCACUGUCCAAACACUUUUGACUUGCAUUGUACUUACCAGUGUACAUAAAAGCACUAACUUUGAGACUGUGUUAGAGUAAUAAUAAUGAUUAUUUUGUCACGUGAGUUAUACCGAUUUGUACUAGAUUCAGACAAAUAGAUCCUAUCAUUAUUAUUACCUCUACUGCAGUUGGAGUAUUUAUGUUGUAUGCUAAUUUUUAAAAUGUAAUUGCCAAUUUUGACCACUAGGUGGGGAAUAAGCGCAAUGUUACUGUGAUAGAGCUAUAAAAAGAAAAAAUAUUAAUGUUUUUUAAGGAGGACAAAAGGACUACCUUUCCCAGCAUUCCUGUCGAGGUCUCAGGGAAGGAGUCUACAGUUCUGGGCAGGGCUGCGUUCGACUUUUUACUUUAUUAUUUUUUAUUUUGAGCCAGUAUUAAAGUGGAGCGUCCGCAGUCGAGUCGAAAAACACGACGCAUUUCCAGAUUCUUUCACGACGUUUGGUGCCAUGUUUUCUCAUUUUCUUUUAUGUUUCACACUCUUUAUUCGCCGUGUGCAGAACUUCCCCAAACACGCUGUAACCUGCAGGAUACGGAGCCCCAAAGUGGCCAAAAUUCAAUCAUAUGGAACGAAUAGUCAUAUUAGGAAAUGGAGUAAAAAUACUUAAAUGAUCCAAGAAUUAGUGAAGAAACUGGUCAAAACUCCUUUUCAUGAAAUGUUUUAUUGGAUUUUAUGGACGUUUGUAUUUUAGAUGAACCUUCUUCUGUUUUUCUCGGUGACACUUUUGUUUCACGCCUCUUCGUCCUGUUUUAUUUCAUAACUUCACUGUCAUGAACAGAAACAACCAAAAAGUUUUGGAAGAGCCCAUCUUGAAUUAAGAAAAAAAUCUAAAAUGAAAUUAAAAAAAAACAGGAAAAUAAGUGAUGUAACAGUCAAAUCAGAGCAGAGAGUUCAGUUUGAGUCUCUGGAUUCCCGGCCGGGUCAUGUGACUCGAUCCUGCAGCGGUUUCUCUCGUGUUGAACUCUUUGAGGCUCCAGCUGCAGAACUCCACUCUCUUCUGUCCCGGUUCAACACCUUCAUUUCAUUUUGCACAGUCCGAAUGGGUAGAAAAAUCACGCGGUCGCUUCCCGCAGCGCCCCCCGCAGGUGGAGGAGGCGUCCUGCCGGCCGCCGCUGCAGGAAGCGGCUCUCGGUGUGAUCUGAUGCUGUCUUUCGUGUCUACCUCAUUUGCACUGAUAGUAAAAGAAUGUUUGGGUGGGAAAAAGAAGCAUCUGUGCUGUUUGCUGAAUUUUUCGUUUCUGUCCCGCAUUUGUGCAAAUGUUGACGAGAUGCUGGAUGAGAGCAGGAGGGGGCGGAAACGUCCUCGUUAACGUCUUCGGACUCAUCUCUUCAGGACAUGCUGGACUUCAGUCCCACAUGGAGACGCUCAGACGUCCUGCUGGGUGACACAAGCCCCCCCCCAUCAGGUUGUGGAUGUUUGUGGAUGGAAAUGCUUGGUGGGAAUCUGCUGGAUGAACUCUUACUGCUCCCCAUCCUCUAAAAACCUCAAGAAAACGUUUGAACCGUGAGAUUUCAUUUUGCCAACUUAGUUUUUUCUUUUUUGACGCGUUCUUUUGUACGGAGCUUCAGUGCUGACAUUCCUGACUGAUUUCUGCCAAUCGAAGCUGCACUGAGAAAGAAUCCCUCCCACAGAGAGGAGAGCAGAUGUAGAUUAAUCCUGCUUCUGAUGUCGGACUCACCGACGUCACACGUUUGAGUCCCGACAGCAGAUAGACAUGAGCGUGCUGUGAGUAGUUCACUGACGUCAGGAUCUCUGUGUUUUCAUGUUGUCAUAAUUAAAGGAACAUUUUGGGGAAUUGAUGUUUGCCGUGUUCUCCAGAGUCACACGAGAAGAGACGAGUGUCGCUGAAGCAGCAGCUGAUCAGCGUUUUUAUUACGGAUCAAUCUGCAGAUUAUUUCCCUCAUUUGAUUCUUAAUUUUCUCUGAAUCUGAUCGAAUCUCCGACUCAAACAUAUUCCGUUUGGAGCUGAAACAAUCAGUCGAUUAAUGGACAGAAAAUCAGUUUUCAUCAUUGAUUAAUCGCUUCAAGUCUUUUUACAAACAAAAAUGCAGAAAUAUUCUCUGCUUCUGUUUUUCCGUUUGGUGUCACAGUAAACAGAAUAUUUGUAGGUUUUGGACGUCAGCGACAAAACCACGUUUGAAGAAGUCACCUGAAAUGUUUGUACGAUAUGUUUUCUGACCUUUCAUCACGUAAAUAAUCGAUUAAUUGGAAAAAAAUCUACAGGUUGUUUGAUAAUGAAAAUGAGUAGCAGCCCUUCAUUGUUAAUUGGGCUAUUAUUGAUUGAUUGAUUCAUAAAUUGGUCUUCAAAUGUCUUGUUUAAUGUGAUCAGAAGUCCAAAGAUAUUCACUUCAUCGUCUCUUAAAAAAGAAAAUCAGUAAAUUCUUAGAAUUAAAAAGCUGGAAAUUAGUGGCACACCUGUUUAUGAUCAGAUCAGCUGCAGGUUAAACUUCAGUCAUUUAUACUGAUUCAGCUGUGAUUCAGUGUUUUUGAAGCAGUUUGAAGCUGAAACUAGUCUGACCCUGUGGUGCGUUCAUGGACAGGCUGAAAAAUGAUAAUCAGGCACACACGGCUGAGCAGAGAACGUGAAUUAUCUGUUUUAAAAACGUGAAACGCUGCUGGCUUCAGCGCUCGUCCCGUCUGUCCACGACUCGAUGGCAAACCAGCAAAUUUCCCAGAAUGCUGUUCUGUUGUUAGUCCUUGAUUUCUGUCAUGUGGGUCCAUAAAUCACCUCGUCAGUGUUGCUGUCUGGACUCUGAAGGCAGGAAACACUUUCCCUCCCCCCAAAAGACAAACACACCCCGACUGUCCUGCUGUUUGUGGCCAGCAGGUUCAUGACUGACAGGAGCUGCUGGGAUGAGGAUGAGGAUGAGGAUGGACACAGCUGUUUCAGCAGGAGGCCGAGUUUAAAAUGUUCAGGUUCAAAUGUUCGGAGGAGUUCCGAGACGAGUUGUACAGAAACGUAACAAAAUAAUUUUGGAGAAAUAAAAGAACAAAAA